UAGGGAUGUGCCCGCAACCAAGGUACAUGCCCUUGACUGGAAUCAAACCGGGGACCCUUGAGUCCACAGGCCGAUGCUCUAUCCACUGAGCCAAACCGGUUAGGGCAGUAAGGCUGGCUUUUGGAGGCCUUUCUACCCCUGCAUUCUAUAAAUUAGUAGCUCCUAUUGUUCUUGCUCUCCGUCAACUGAAAUAGCUCUGCUCCCUUCUUAAGUAGUCACCUCACUCAGUGGUGAGAUCAGUGCUCUGUAUAUAGUUAAUGCUCAAUUGAUAGAUCAACAUUUUUUCCUACUUUCUAUGUCCUGUAAACAAAGGUUAUCAAAAUGCUUGGAAGUGGGGGGUGGGUAAGAUCAACCGAAGGACUUGUAUGCAUGCAUAUACGCAUAACCAAUGGACACACGACACUGGGGGGUAUGGGAGGCUAGGGGAAAGUCAAGGGGAGGAAAAAAAAAAGGAGACAUAUAUAAUAUUCUUUGUAAUACUUUAAGCAAUAAAACAAAAAAAAUGCUUGGAAGUAACUUUAAGGCUUAAAUUGGGUAGUGGUAGACUUGGAUACUACAAAGCUUAAAAUUUUUAGCUAUAUUGACAUAAACAAAAUUACUUUAAUAUUUCUGGAAGCAUUGUUUACUAAACCAAGGAAAAUCUGAAAAUUUGAUUUUCACUUUUUAAAUGAUUAUCAGGACAUGCCCUGCUUCCUCCUCUUGCCCAUGCAAUUAACUACCGUAUUCUCUUGUCCACAUAAUUAACUACCUAUCUCUGCUAUUGUAGAAAAGCACCAGGGAUUUGCUGUUGUUGAACUAGAGUUGGCAGAGUUAAGUUUCACUGUUCAUUAUUUGAUUAGUGUUACUGUUGUCAUUGGUUACAAAGGUGCCAUUCUCCAUUUGGGUGGGUAGAGUAGAUUCCUGGGGCUGCCAUAACAAAUUACCACAAACAUGGUGACUAAAACAAUAGAAGUUUAUUCUCACAGCUCUGGAAGUUAGAAAUCUAAAAUCAAAGUAUUGUCAGGGCCAUGCUCUCUCUGAAUGUUCUAGGAAAGUUCUUUCCUUCCUGGCUUCUGGUGGCUCCUGGCCAUCCUUGGCACUCUAUGGCUUGUAACUGCAUCACUCCAAUCUCUGCACCAGUCUGCACGUGGCCUUCUUCCCUGUGUGUGUGUGUCUGUCUUCUCUCUUAAAAAAAUUAUUUUGAGAAACAUUGAUACGAGUGUGAAACAUUAGUCAGCUGCCUUCUAUAUGCCCCCUACGGUGGAUCAAGCCCGCAACCCAAGCAAUGUGCUCUGACAGGGAAUAGAACUGGAAAUCUUUCCGUGCCCUGGCUCAUGCCCAACCAACUGAACCUCACCAGCCAGGGCUUUGCCUUCUCUUCUUAUAAGGACGCUAUUCACUGGCUUUAGGCCAACCCUAGUCCAGUAUGACCUCAUCUUAACUAAUUACAUCUGCAAAGACCCUAAUUCUAAACAGGGUCACAUUCUGAGGCACAUGUGAAAUUUGGCUUGUGGUGAGGUAGGAAAUUCCGGCUAAAAGUUCCCCUCAUGUAGUCAGAAUGCGGAAGACAGGUCCCGCAGAGCCCUGGGCCUUCUGACCUGGCAUUUCUAGUUCCUGUUUCCUGUGUGUCUUCUCUGUUUCCAUAACUGGGAACAGGGCUGUAUACCACCAGCUCUAACAAACAGUAUAUGUUCUCUGUUAAGUAUAUACAUACAAUCCAGGCAGUGAGGAAGGGAAAAUACGUUUUUUCUCCUGUGCUUGAGUUACUGAGUUUAUUUAAGUGCCAACUACAAGAAGAGCUGAACUGCAGACAUGAGUUUGGGGGAGAGGGCAGGGUGCAGCAGCCACUGAUGGAGGGCGGAGAACCUUAGCUUCGCGCUGAGCUGUUCCUGGUGCUUAGUCACAAGACCCUCCUGUACAUGCUAUGCUGCUAGUUUCCAUAGUCAAAGUUAUAUAGGAACAAAUGUGUCAUUAUUUGGAAGUGUUCACUAUGAACUAUUUAUAAAAUUAAUUCUUAUUUAGAUAGCCCCCCAUUUAACAUUUGAAUGAGUCCCAGCCAUCUUUGUUGACCCAUCCUUCCCUGACUGUUCUGUAUCUACAUUGGAGGUCAGGAACCUGCAGAUGAUGGGCCGGCGCCAUCUGCAGCUGUUCUUGUGUGGCCUGUGAGCUAAAUGGCUUUUAUAUUUUUAAAGGUUUGUGUGUAGAUGUGACCCGCGCCCCUUCCCCGGUGCGUUAUUGUUCGCCCAGAGAGGUCAGCCUGGCGGCACUGGCGCCCUGACGCCGCCUAGUGGCCGCCACUGGAGACACUCCCUCCGCCGCCCCCUCCUCCCUGCGGCGGCAGCGGAGGAGGCAGAGGAGGGGGAGCUGGGAGUCCCUCUCCUCCCUCCCUCCCUCUCCUCCCGGCAGCUGCGUCAACGGCUGAUCCGGGUUCUGGCACUGCCGCAGCCGCGUCAACGGCGGAUCCCGGCUCGGCAGCUGCGUCAACAGCUGAUCCGGGCUCUGGCGCAGCAGCUGCGUCAACGGCGGAUCCCGGCUCCGGCAGCAGCAUCAACCGCGGCUCCCGGCUCCGGCAGCUGCAUCAACCGCGGCUCCCGGCUCCCGGCUCCGGCAGCUGCAUCAACCGCGGCUCCCGGCUUCGGCAGCUGCAUCAUCCGCGGAUCCCGGCUCCGGCGCCAGGGGCUGCGAUGCGCUGGGCCUGAGGCUGUCUGCCCGGCUCUUGCUCGCUUCCCUUGACUCUCCCACGGCUUGCGCCGCAGCAUCAUCCCGCGAGUGCCUCUGACAGGAGGGAAGAUGGCUGAAAACAGCUGGAUGGACGACCUUGCCGAGGAGCUCGACAUAUGGGUAAUAGGGCUGCAAAAAUGGAUCACUCUUAAGCUCACCGAGCGGGGCAUCGACAUGAGUCCGGCGGCGGUGGCGCGGUACCAGGGCUGGUGGGCCCUGCUGGGCUGGCACUUGCUCGUGCUGACGGUGGUCUUCCUGCUGGGCUAUGGCUGGGUUGCGAUGUGCUCCUGGGCCGCGUCGUUUGCCAACGAGCCCCCAGAACGCAAGAAGCGGAGGAGCGCGCCCCGCCGGCGGGAGGAGGCGGCAGGCGCUGGCGCUGGCGCUGGCGUUGGCGCAGGCGCAGGCGUUGGCGUUGCCGCUGGCGCUGGCGCUGGCGUUGCCGUUGGCGCUGGCGCUGGCGCUGCCGUUGGCGCUGGCGCCCGCAAGAAGCGGAGGAGCCCGCUCUGCCGGCGGCGGGAGGCGGCCGCGCCGGCCUCGGCCUCCUACAACCUGCCGCUGCUGAAGAGCCUCCGGAGCGAGGAGCAGAAGAGGGGCCGCAAGAAACUGCCCGAGAAGCCCAGAGACUUGCUGAGAGAGAGAUACCCUGCUGCGAGGCAGGCAUUAACCAAUUGCCUCCCCUACAUGCCCCGGCCGGUAAUCAGACCUCCAACCCACGUGUGCGCCCCGACUCGAUUUCCUGGAUAUCGAAGCCACCUUGCGAUGCACAGGAUGGCACUCAACCAACCGGAUGAGUACGACGAGCUGGAAACCUUUUUCAUUUGGGUUAGGCCAAAUGGGCGCGCUGUUGAAGUGGCUGAGAUGCAAGUGGCUCGCAGUGUAACCACCAAGCAGCCAUCAGAGACGGAGAAGAAGAAUGAAGAGUCAAAGAAAAACAACUAGAAUCAAAGUCAGAUGCUAAAGCAGUGCAAAACAGUUUAUGCCAUGAUGGGAAGGAAGCUGAUGAAGGAGCCUGGGAAACUAAAAUUAGUCACAGAGAAAAAUGAAAGCAACCUAAACCUGAUAAGGUGUAGACUGGUUCUAGUUCAUUGGAUUCAGCUCUCCCUGGGAUAGGAAAUACCAUCACAGUUACCACCAAGCAAUUUACAACUGCAUCAUUUCAUGUUGGUGAAUCUCAUCUAAAUGUUUGAGUUAGCAACUUUAAGUCUGGAAAAGAAGAUCCUAAACUUCAGUUUUCUUUAGGAUUGAAUGAAAACCUCAGUGUAAAUGGAGGAGACUGCAAUGAAAAGUCUAUAAAACUCACCUCUCAGAUAAUGGCAGGUGAAGAGAAGUGGAACUCUGUUUCAUCUACUUCUGCAGAUGAGAAAAGCAGCCAUCUGCUUGGGGUCAAGACACGAGAUGCUAAUGCGAAUGGAAAAGACUAUGGAAGGAGUUGGAGUGACCAUUCAAUAUUUUCCGACAUUGCUGCUUGGUCUAGUGUGGAUAGGGGAAUGAAAACCUCUGAACACAAUUCUGCUUCUUGUGCAUCUCACCCUUGGCUGUUUUUGUGUCUAUGUGUACUGCUGAGCUGUUUCUCAGUCUAUGACUACUGAUGAUCAAAAAGUUUCAGAUGAUGAUAAAGAAAAGGAAGAGGGUGUUCUUUCAACCAGGAGACCUAAAAAGAAAAAGAAGCAGCAAGGUGACGAUAACUCUCCUGCACAGGACCCAGAAGAAUUAGAAAAAGAGAUUAGGGAAGAGCUUCCAGUGAAUACAUCUAAAGUCCGUCCAAAAUAGGAAAAAGCUUUUUCUUAGAAAACCAUAAGUACUAGAGAUCUAGUAGAAGCACUCGUCAAAAAUAACCAUCCUAUCAAGACUCGUCCACCUGCUGUUUCUACCGAUCCAUCUGUUACUUUAUCAAAAAGUGAUUCUGACAAGAGCUCUUCCCAAGUGGCACCGAUGCUACAAGGGUCAGAUAAAUCCAAGUCAAAUACUAAGUUCACAAACCAAGUUUGGAACUAGCUGGGAAACAUGAAUUUUCUUUUUCUGAAUAGGACAUGUGUUUGCAGACAUUGUCUUGAAGAUUAUGCUGUGUAUGUAAUAAUUUGUGAACAUGUACAGAGUUAUGUAAAUUUAAACCAAUUUUUAAGACAAAAAUGGAAUCAGAGGACAGUUAAUUUAUGAAAUUAAGAGGUCAGCAGAAUAUACUACAGACAGUCCUCGGGUUAUGUUGAACUCGAGAUGUACGUUGUUUUCGUGGUUACGGUGCCAUCUCCCAUUUAUUUAUUUAAAAAAAAGUUCUGUCAUUUCGACAUAUGUACAUAUGUGCUUUGUUUUUUAUUAUUUAUUUACCACAAGUAAAGGUCAGGAAUUGUUACUUUAAAAAUUUUUUUUACUGUUUCAUUUCAUUACUGCUGUAUAUGUGCUCCAUGUGAGUGAUGUAGGUGCUUAUGUAAGUGGGUUCUGACUUAUGGCGAAAAAUCGCGUUACAUCGGGCCAUAGGAACCGAUUUCCGACGUCACCUGAGGACCUACUGUACAUUGCUGGAAGACACUUGGGAAAGUCUUCAAUUUAAUGAGAACAUUCUUAAUUCAAGAAUAUUAUCCUGGUUUACAACAGAUUGUGCCCUAUCUCAUCUGCAACUGAGGAAUAAAGGAUUCUGAUUAGAGAGGGUUGCCUACAAAUUCAUAGGCAACUUCUUGGACUUUAUGCAUGGAACUUAUAUCAUUUGAAUCUGUUUUAUGCUUAAAGUGCUUUGAUCAAAUGCAUAAUCUGCCAUAUCUUUACAUAUUUGUUGGUAGCAAUGUGUAUUAAAGAAAUCACGUGCAAAAAAAA